CACUUUGUACUUUCAGUCAUACUUUAUUUGGAAAAAAAAAAGAGCUAAAGCCCCGAUCUUUCACCUCAAUAAUUUUCCUCUCAGCUGUCUUCCCCAUUCUUCUCUGUUUCUUUUACUUGCAUUCUGAAACCCUAGCAAAACACACCAAAAAAUGCUUCCUUUAUCUCUACUAAAGACUGCUCAAGGCCAUCCUAUGUUGGUAGAACUGAAAAAUGGGGAGACAUACAAUGGACAUUUGGUUAACUGCGAUACGUGGAUGAAUAUCCAUCUUCGUGAAGUUAUCUGUACUUCAAAGGAUGGAGAUAGGUUUUGGCGAAUGCCUGAAUGUUACAUACGUGGUAAUACGAUUAAGUAUCUUAGAGUUCCUGAUGAGGUUAUUGAUAAGGUUCAGGAUGAGAAGAGUCGUGCCGAUAGGAAACCGCCUGUUUUGGGACGUGGCAGGGGAAGAGGUGAUGGUAGUGGGCGACCUGGGAGAGGUAUAGGCUAUGAUGAUGGAAAUGGUAGAGGAGGGCGUGGCAGGGGUGGGCCCGGUGGCAAGACUGGAGGGACCAGAGGUGGACGUGGACCACGAUAAGGGGGGAGUAGAUGCGCAAACACCUAUAGGCUGCUCCUUUUGCUACUUCUAGAAAGGCUUGUAGCUGACCUGCUAUGGUAUGCAGAUGGUAUCAAAAAGUAGUUUUAUUAACUUUUUUUCUUUGUUUGUUGUCGUCCUGCUUCUGCCUUAAUGCACAUAGCAGCUUGAUUUAUUGAUGUUCCUUUUUUUUGGAUGGAAAAGGCUGCUUAGUUAUUCAAGACAGAUAAUUAAAACUUCCAAUCAAGUGUUUUCUUAUAUUUGAAAAAGAUCGUUUUUACUGUA